CAACACUACCAGUCUGCCAUGUGAUCGAGAGGAUUCAAUGCAGACGCAUCUACAUCAAACUAUUUAGCGGUGUACAGCAAACAGCUGUCCGAUAGUUAUAAAAGGAAAACGUGCUUCAUCAGGGACAUAUUUAUUAAACUUUUACACUACUAAAGGAUGACUGAUCGAACAAACAACUUUCCCCCUUUGCCGAAGUUUCUUCGCAUAAAGCCAUGUUUUUACCAGAAUGUGGAUGAGGAAAUUCCGCAACCACACUGCCAGCUUGUGCGCCGUGUUUACAACCUUUGGAUAUUGUACUGUAUCACACUAUGUGUUAAUGUGGUGGCCUGCAUAGCCUGGUGGGCCGGGGGGGGCAGCGCAGUUAACUUUGGCUUUGCGCUCCUCUGGCUUUUAGUUUUCAGCCCCUGUAGCUACACAUGCUGGUUCAGGCCGCUCUAUAAAGCUUUCCGGGCUGAUAGUUCAUUCAACUUCAUGGCAUUCUUCUUCAUUUUCUUCCUGCAAUGUGUACUUUCUUUCAUCCAGAGUCUUGGAAUAUCAGGUUGGGGUGCAUGUGGUUGGAUUGCCACAGUGAUGUUUUUCAGCACAAAUGUGGUCUCUGCUAUAUUCAUGCUCAUCGCUACUCUGCUCUUCACUGUCAUCACUGUUCUGAUGGUGUUUGUCCUCAUCAAGGUUCAUCGACUGUAUCGUGGUGGAGGUGGCAGUUUACAGCAGGCCCAGGCAGAAUGGAGCACCGGCAUGUGGAAAAGCGCCCCUGUGAAAGAAGCCGGAUUUAACGCAAUCUCUGAAAGUGGCCCAAGCCUCCCUCAGUAUCCGGCUGCUGUGCCCAAUUACCCAGAGAGCAGAAACUGGUGAUACCGCUUUUGAGCUAUAGAUGGACCCAGAAUGCCACUUGUUGUCUUAACCUUAAAGGGGCAGUUUGUGGAAGAAUAUUAGACAAUAUUUUUAAUCACUUUGUUAUGUGCCAAGGACAAAAAACACUAUGGCCAGAUCCCUGACUUCUGUGAACAGUUGUUUUCUCACUUUUGUAUAAUACUAUUUGUUUUGGUUAUAUAGCAAAAAUAUGUUCUAAUCUAAUAUCGAUAACCUUUGCACUCUUAAAAGAAUCUUAAGUAUAAACAUCAUAAAGAAAAUGUUAGUUACUUGCUAUACUUUCAAGCUAUUGAGAAUAGAUCUUUUGAACACUUUGAAACCAGUUGCCCUGAUUUAAAAAGAAGUUAAUGGAGUAUUUGAGUGAAAAUGUCUCAGAUUUUGGCAGAAACACCCAACUUACUGCUUACCAAACUGUUCCUACAAAGCCAUCAACACAUUUAUUGAAAAAGUAGUACAAAUAUAGCAAAAAAGUAUUUUGGGACAUUGUAAUUUUACAUUAAAGCAGUAAUUAGAGCAAAAAUGAAAAUUAUCUUAUCUACUUACCCUCAUGCCAUCCCAGAUGUGGAUGACUUUCUUUCUUUGUGCUGAACACAAAUAAAUAUUUUUAGAAGAAUAUCUCAGCUCUGAAGGUCCUCACAAUGCAAGUGAAUGGUGACCAAAACUUUGGAGCUCUAUAAAGCAUUUAAAUGCAGCAUAAAACUCCAGUGGUUUAGUCCAUGUCUUCUGAAGUGUUGUGAAGUCUUAUGGAUUUCUUUAUGCUGCUUAUAUUGUCUUUCUGGCCACCAUUCACUUAUAUGGACCUACAGAGCUGAAAUAUUCUUCUAAACAUCUUUGUUUGUGUUCUGCAGAAGCAAGAAAGUCAUACACAUCUGGAAUGGCAUUAGGGUGAGUAAAUGAUGAGAGAAUUUUCAUUUUCUGAGUGAACUAUCCCUUUAACUAGGAAAGGUAGCCUCAUGAAUUCAACUCAAUUAUUUGAAAUCUCAUUAAGGUCUUGGUUUUUUAGAAACAUUCCAUUUGUUUGUUUAAAGAAGGACAUUGUUUCAUGUUAUAUCCUUAUAUUCACCUCUGAUGGAUUGAUUAGAACAUAUAUAAAUCAAUAUACAGCACACAAUCACAUUACCGUUUAAGGGAAAGUGAUUUGUGUUUGAGCUUUUUCUAAAUCGUGACAGCUUUUCUAUUUCCCUCAAGAAAUUGGGUCCCAUGUCAUUCCAAUAACAGUGCCUCUGCCUUGAUUUUUACUUUGGUUCAAUAUUUGCUCCAUUUUGUAAAGAUUAAUUAACAGAAAUUAAAUGUCUUUGUAAGUAUGAUUUGCAUAUGACACACCCCUUUUAUACACUGCAGCAAAGCAUUGCAGAAAUCAAAUUUACAAAUACAUUGUGUGCCUCUCUUUUCUGUUAAGUGCUUUUCACAUCUUCGAAAUGAAGACCGCCUUAAAUUGUCAUGCACAAUAAGCACGUGAAAAACCAAUAGCUUUCCAGUUUGCCUCAAGUGCUGUUGUUUUUAGGUGCUUUUUGCAUUGAAGUGUGCAGAUCUUCAUGUUUCAUCUCUGGAGCAAUGUGUUUACAAAUGUGGCUGGUUAGAGUCUUAAGACACUCAUUUUGAUCUUUGCUCCUCUUUGUUCGAGAUCCUCUACAGACCCAUAGGAGGUGGAUUUUGAAACAUUCUACGACCGGACCUCUGUGUUGCUUAUGUAUUUAAUAAUCUUGUAGAUGCAUCUGAAUUGUGACUGGAAUUGCUGUUUAACUAA